ACUCAUUUCUUCUUCCUCACCAUCAUCUCUCCAAGUAACAAAACCUAACUCUUUCUUUAACAAGAGCUCAAGCUCCAAAGAGCUCUUGUUCUUUCUUCGUCGUCUCCUUUAGAACCCAUUCUUAGCACUUCUCACAAAAAUGGCUAUUACUAAACUAGCAGUUCUUUUUACCACAUUUGUCCUUUUCACCCUCACCGACGCAAAAAUCCCCGGCGUCUACUCCGGCGGCGCGUGGCAAACCGCACACGCCACUUUCUAUGGAGGCAGCGACGCCUCUGGCACUAUGGGAGGAGCUUGUGGUUACGGUAACCUUUACAGCCAAGGCUACGGAACUAACACGGCUGCUUUGAGCACGGCUUUGUUUAAUAGCGGUAUGAGCUGUGGAGCUUGCUUUGAGCUAAAAUGUGCCAACGACCCACAAUGGUGCCAUUCAGGUAGCCCAUCGAUCCUCAUUACCGCAACCAACUUCUGCCCACCAAACUUUGCUCAGGCCAGCGAUAACGGAGGAUGGUGCAACCCGCCAAGAGCCCACUUUGAUCUAGCCAUGCCUGUCUUCCUCAAGAUCGCUCAAUAUCGCGCAGGCAUUGUCCCCGUCUCAUACCGCAGGGUGCCUUGUAGAAAGAGAGGAGGGAUAAGGUUCACAAUCAACGGUCACCGUUACUUCAACUUGGUUCUGAUCACUAACGUGGCCGGAGCGGGAGACAUCGUGAGGACGAGCGUGAAAGGUUCACGAACUGGUUGGAUGAGUUUGAGUAGGAACUGGGGUCAGAACUGGCAAUCUAACGCUGUUUUGGUUGGUCAGUCACUUUCUUUCCGCGUUACAGGCAGUGACCGUAGAACCUCAACUUCAUGGAACAUAGUUCCUUCUAACUGGCAGUUUGGUCAAACAUUUGUCGGCAAGAAUUUCAGGGUUUAAGCGAGUUUCAAGAAGCUAUAUUAAAGUGGUCGAGCCAAAUGAAAACUCUCCGCUAAUUUCGCUUCUCUUUCUUUUUUCAAAAUUUUAAACUAAGGAGAGAAAAUCAAGGGGAGAUAAGUAUCUUUGACUUUUGUUUUUGGUGUGUGUUUUAAUUUGUUUUUUGGGCUUGGUGUUUUAAUUGUGGGGGCGAGUGAAAGAGAGUAGUUGAAGUGGCUGUGAGAAAAAUUCGUAACAGCCCGCAGCUGCUGAAGUAUUUACAAUGGUUGGGGUUUUUUAUACAGUGGUUGGGUUGUAAGUUACAACUUGUAACGUUUAAUUUCGUGUAAUGUAAUACAUGGUUAUGUUA